GAUUGUCCAUUGUGACAAAGUGAUUAGUGCAUUUUCUUUUUAGAAAUAAAACUGCUCACUGUUAUAGGUCAACUGUGAUGGAGCUUCCACAGGAUUAAAGCUGCUUUUUAAGUAGAAAAAGCAGAAAUGACAGCAGGUCCACUCACAGUUUGGCUCAGUUGCAGAUGUUUGGGUUUUGAGCGGCUCUUGCCUUCCAGGUUUGGGCCUUCCAGUGAUGAAACGAUCAGAAACUGAUGGUGCUCUGGUGCUCGGAACGAGGACGAAGCGCUGCGCCUGCAGCAGCCACCUGGACUUUGAGUGCCACUACUUCUGCCACCUGGACGUUAUUUGGGUCAACACAGCCAGUAAGACGACAGUUUAUGGUCUCGGCGGCAUGUUGACCCGGUACCGAAGGUCUGCGGGUCGCUGCACUUGUACAGCCCCUAAUGAUGUCACCUGCAUCAACUUCUGUACGCACAGGUGGGUCGGAAUCAGAGCGUCCAUCUCGGGGAGUGCAGGUUUGUUUGAAUGCACGACGCGUUCCAGUGCGUCGUGAAUGUUGUGGCCUUGGUGCAGUGUGAUGGAGCAUCUUGUUUUACUGCAGUGCUAUUAUUAGCCUAACGUGCUGUCACUGCAUUCUAUAAGUUGCUCUGCAGGGUGUGAUGAUCAAAACAGUACAGCUGAGGUAUGAGAGAGGAGAAGGGUUCCGGCACGCUGCAAAAACUCCCAGCAGCUUCUUGUCGUUUGGCUGAGUGUUCAGGAGUAAACGUGUGGAGGAGUGAGAAGAUGUGAAGGAUUGGCACAUCACAAAACAACAGCUUUGCAGAGUGAAAUGACACUAACAUAAAACACAGAGUGAGCCAGUAAAGAUAAGGUUUAUUUUAGAUGGCUGAUUGUGGA